AUGAAUAAAUUAAAAAUCAUUAAGCUGUCAUCAUGUGUUUCUAAGAAAAAAGCUGCAGAAGAGGCCAAACGAAAAAACCUUUUGGCCUUACUAAAAGAGCGACAAAACAAAAGAAAACUGUCUCCACUCUGCCCAACUCCAAACAAAAAAACAAAAGCUGAUAACCUGUCCAACAAGGUUGAUGAUGGUGAGGAUAAGGUGGACGAUGAUGAUGAUGAUGAUGGCGAUGACGACGACGAUGAUGAUGAUGAUGGUGGGGUUGUACCUGAAAAACUGUUUCAGGAGGCAAGACAAAAGCAACUAUUAUACAAAAAACAGGUCAACAAAAUGUCUCUGCAACUGCAGGAAACUAAACAGAAGCUAGAGGAGCACAUGAAACGAAGUGCAGAAGUUGAGGCGGAGAAUAAACAGCUACGUUCAUUAAACAUGCAACUGCAGCAACAGUUGCUAAAAUCACUCAACUCUUCAUCUGAUUCUAGACCACCAAAACCAAAGGGGACCAUAAAUGUACAAAACCCUCAGCAACAAAAACCAAAGAGCACCUUACAAAUUGCAGAGGCUGACUGUGAGCAGCAAUCACUAUCCAGACAAGAAGAUGAGAUUCAAUUGGUGAAACUUGGAGACAUCCAAAUCCGCAGUGACACCUGGACAGCAAUCCAAAAAAACACCAGGGAUUCUUUAUUUGUGAAAGAAUUGGCUGUGGCAUUCUGGGGCACAAAGACUCUGGGGGACAGAAGUCUCACAGGGAAAGAAUGCCCCACCACAAAAACUACAAAAAGACCUUUAACCCCACAGAAAUUACACACACUGAAAGCCUGCUUCAAGGAGUGGCUGGUGAAAGGGAAUGUGGUGGAGCCAGAGCUGCAGCAUCAUCAUCCCAUGCUGGUCACUAGCAUACCAGCGCCAGCAUCUCAUGCUGGUGACCAAUAUCCCAGCAUGGCAUGCUGGUGCUGUGAUGCUGGUGUUAUGCUGGUGACCAGCAUGGGAUGCUGGUGCUGGGAUGCUGGUGUUUUGCUGGUGACCAGCAUGGGAUGCUGA